GCGGGUGAAAAUAUCAAACUUUUAGUUGUGCUAGUUACCUUUUCGUACAAACCCACUAAGAACCUACGUUUCAUAAACGUUUUGUGCAGACUUUUGGUACUCGGAAUAAAAAAUGGAUUCGAUUUAUAUGAUGAAUUUGGUAACUAUAUUGGACCGGAACUGGAUAGCGAUGAAGAUGACGACCAAAGUAUUUACGGACAGCAAGACGCGCCGGAUGACCAAGAUGAGGACGCCAUGGAUGAAGAGGAAGAACACCAAGACGACGAAGAUAAGGAAGUAACUGCCGUUGUUCUGCACGAAGAUAAACGUUACUACCCCACUGCGAUAGAAGUGUACGGACCUGACGUGGAAACCAUUGUGCAAGAGGAAGAUGCACAACCGCUGGAUAAGCCACUUAUUGAACCUAUUAAAAAGCUCAAAUUUCAAAUAAAGGAGCAAGAGCUUCCAGAAACCACCUACGAUAUGGAAUUUAUGGCUGAUCUAAUGGAUACACCACCCCUUAUACGUAACGUGGCACUAGUCGGUCAUUUGCAUCAUGGCAAAACCACAUUUGUAGACUGUUUGAUACGUCAGACACACCCGCAAUUUGAGCAAGCAGAGGAGCGCACACUACGAUAUACGGAUACCCUCUUCACUGAGCAAGAGCGAGGUUGCAGUAUCAAAGCAACACCGGUUACGUUAGUUCUACAGGACGUCAAACAAAAAAGCUUUUUAAUGAAUGUUUUCGAUACGCCUGGUCAUGUUAAUUUCUCUGAUGAAGUGACAGCAGCCAUGCGUAUGUGUGAUGGUAUUGUAUUGUUUGUAGAUGCAGCGGAAGGUGUAAUGUUAAAUACGGAACGUUUACUCAAGCAUGCGGUACAGGAAAAAAUGGCUAUUACAGUAUGCAUUAAUAAGAUUGAUCGUUUAGUAUUGGAGUUGAAACUUCCACCCCAAGAUGCCUAUUUCAAACUAAAGCAUAUUGUUGAAGAAAUUAAUGCUUUAUUGAGCACUUAUGGCAAUGGUAACGAUAACUUAUUAGUAUCACCGGCCUUGGGUAAUGUUUGCUUCGCAAGUUCCCUGUACGGCUUUUGGUUGUAUUGGAUAAGCAAGAAAUACAUGCAUAAUCCAUGGUUAAAGAAUAGCACUUCACCUUUUCUGUAA